AUGGAGAUCGAGAUGGAGCCUCAUACCCAGCCCGACCGGGUGCGAAAGCGUCGCCGCCGCACAAUGGCCUGCACGCAGUGUCGCUCACGCAAAUUAAAGUGCGAUCGCGAGUAUCCCACCUGCAGCCGCUGUCUCAAGAGCAGAACACCGAGCAAAUGUACAUAUGAAGAUGGCUUCUUAUGGCAACAGCCCACUACCGUGGGCACUACUGCAUUUGCACCCGACCGUGACUCCACUGCAUCUAUGCCUCCUGCUGGUUCCAACUCCGUUGAGACGCCCCCAGACUCGGAAAUAUUAAAAGCGUCAGCUCGGCCGGAGCCGUUCCCGCACGGGGAGCCGACUCCAAGCCAUCCGAUGCAUCAUAUUCACCACGGUCUCUCCGGCCAUGCUCUGGCACCGCCUUACCGGGGCCACCCAGCAGGGAGAGAGCGACGGGACUGUUUUCUGGAGACCGUUCUUGGUGCCCCCAAAGCUGCGGUCAGGCAGGAGCCUUAUGCAAGCACGGGUAUGCUGCAACGCCAAAAGCGUCCCGCGCCGGAGUCUCAAAUGCAGAACUCAUCGCUGGCCGAUGAUGACGAUGCAUACGAGACAGAAGAGGACUUCCUCUCGCCGUCUCGUCAGCUUGAUCUAUCUCCUCGGAUGAUGAUGAGAGGUCGCGAAACGGGAACACGUUUCAGCGGAUCCGGCAUAUUUGCCAACCUUGUCACACAGUUCCCCGAUAUCAAACCUUUCGCGGAGGAAAUUAAGCUCUCAAAUCCCAUCAUCACCCAGAUUCGACCCGAUCUUGAGAGAGUCAAGCGCGGUCUUUGGAAACGCAAACCGCUCAAUACCCCGUUCCCGGAGCCGACCACGGCUUCGUUAGUUGGGAUGUUACCUUCACGCGGCGUGGUAGAUGAGCUGAUUAGCCUUUAUCUCACCUACAUCGAAUCGACCCACCGGAUUCUUCAUGUCCCGUCCUUUUUGCGGGAGGUUGACGAAUUUUGGGCCAUGUUAGACAGUCCCAGCUCUCUCUCGGCGGGAUUCGCAGUCCAGCUAUUAUUGGUUCUUGCCUGCGCAUGGAAUCUAGCAGACUUUGCCAGUCUCCAAUCCAAGAACAUGGCAGAACUCAAGUGUUACACUGCAAUUGAAUGGGUAUUACAUGCCGAGAGAUGGGUCGAAAAUUUACAUAACAAGCGUCCGGAGAUUAACACAAUGCGACUCUCUGUUCUGUUGAUCCUGGCCCGCAACAGUCACGGGAUGAAACGCAGCCAGGCCUGGCUGGCGACGGGUACUUUGGUUAAACAAGCGAUGAUGGCAGGAUACCAUCGUGAUCCAAGUCGAUAUGCACGAAUCUCCGUAUUCAACAAAGAGAUGAGACGGCGAAUCUGGAGCACAAUCGUCGAAUUGGACCUCCAAGUUGCUCUCGAUCGGGGCAUGCCACCAUCGGUGCAAAAUUUCGAUUUCGAUGCAAGCCCGGCGUUGAACAUUCACGAUGAUGAGCUGAACGAAAACACUACUGAGGCCCCUGAAAGUCGACCACUGAACGAAGUCACCGACACGUCGUUUCAGUCUAUUCUCAGUCAAUCACUACCGCUUCGUCUCCAAGCUUGCUCUUUAAUGCACUCUCCACGGAUCAGCUGUCGUUAUGAGGAUAUCCAGCGCCUCGAUUGGGAGCUCACCAGAUGCCUUGCUAGCAUUCCUUCAUGGGCUACGACGGAAACCCGCGACAUCGUGACGCAGCAUAAGGUCUUCCUCUGGAAGGCCUUGAUAGAAAGCAAGAUUUCUCAGUCCCUUCUAUCUGCACAUACACCUUUUGCCAUUGAGGCCCGACGCGAGGCACUUUUUGCACCCUCGGCGAGGUCUCGCAUGGACGCCGCAACCAGGAUACUGUCGACUCAACGCCGUAUGCACGAGACUUCACGAUCACUCUCACUCUGCACACUUGGCGAGUGGACCAUUCAUGCCUAUCUUUCAAUCUGUCAAUUGCUACACACGACAGAACCAGACAAUGGUGUCCCCUUUUAUCCCACAUCAUCAGCAUCCCUCGUCCAUAAUUUACCUGGCCUCCCCGAAUCAUUGAUUUCACUUGUGGAAACAGCCCUCAUCUCACUUGAGGAGCGGUCUCUGUUGGUCACCAAGGGAGCCAAGGAUUACUUCUUCUUAUCUACGAUUGUCGCUUUGGUCAAAGCACGACUUUGGCCUGCCCAGGCAAUAGUAUAUAAGCAACAAGUCGUCGAACGGAUCCUGGCAUUUGCUCAAGCUCUCUUCUCUCGUCACACUGGCUGCGAGCACCUUGGUCCGCAUGGGAUGGGUAAUUUCAAGAACAACCAGGUUGCUGCGUUCACGGCGACGCCAGCCAUGGUUCCUAUAAUAUCAAAUGAAUUUGAUCCCAAUGGAAUGCUUCCACCGCCACAUCUGGGCGUUACAGUGAGUCGCGAAUCUCUUGAUUCUGGUUUGAUAGCUCACACUUUCUCGCAGCCGCCCGGCGAUUUCGAUCCUUUCUUAGAGAUCUUCGAUUGGGAAGAUCUCACAGGUAUGACCCUCCCUUGUUAA